CGUAGGGUUCUUUAUGGUUUUCAAGUCUUGAACCAAACAAAGACCAUAGUGUCCAUACUGCUACUUUGAAGAGAGCUGGUUGUUUGAUGGGUUGCUGUACGUGUCAGUUCAGCUAUCGCGUAAUAUCAGUCCCGUCUAUGAGCACGGCAGCUUAUCUUGGAAACGCUCUACUAUCCUGCCGUACAUUUUGUUGUUGAGCGAAUUGAAAAGUGGAAACUGCCCUUCUUGUUGCACGGCUCGGCCUGUGUAAUAUUUGUGAGAACCAAGAGGAAAAGCGGUGACAUAUCUGUGCGUCAACUGGUGCAUGAGCUUCAGUACGGACGGCCGUUGCUUCCACUGCCUCUCGUCCCUGGCCUUUGUAACUUUAUUCCACAUUGUCGUCUUGGGCAGUAAUCCUAAGAUCCAAGGCACCUGACCAGGAUUCAUCUCUUUUUCCGUGGUCGUGUUCAACUACAUGAUUGUACUUCUCUUUCCAGCUGAUAUCUGAAGCCGCACCAGUUGCCAGUGUACUAUUCUUUGCAAGUAUGGCUCAAGUUGGUGAUGAUUGCUACUUCUUCUACUACUCGAGCUGCAAGAAGGGACCCGCUUGUCCAUUCCGACACAGUGCACCUGCACUUGGCAAGGAAGAGGUCUGUCCAGAUUGGGCCAAAGGAAGCUGUAUUGUUCCGAAUUGUGCACGUCGCCACAUGGUAAUACAAAAAGACCGCGGCAGCAUGCCAUGCUACUGGGAGUCUCAGCCAGUGGGGUGUACCAAGCCGUUCUGCCCAUUCAAGCAUUUGAAGCCCCGUCCUGGUGCACCUCCGCAAACUGGCCAAGGACAACCCACCAACACGCACUUAGUGACGUCCAUUGCGCCCACACCCCAAGGAAAGCCAGUCAACCACACUGCUGUCCCGCAAGGAGGGAAGUUGCCAGUUUCAGCUACGAACCAAAAUGCAAACCGUUUGGUACAGCCUCCUAAAGGUGCUGUUGCUGUGUCCGCAGACUCCUCGCCACCAGUACAGCAGCAGCAGCCGCGUAGUGAUAUGCAGAGCCGCCACCCUCAUCAUCAUCAUGCCCAAUCAGCUAGACCGACUGCUUCAAGACGUAUGGUACCAGCGGCAGCGGUGGCGGUGGCAUCAACACGGGUGCAAGCAGCUCGACGUGCUGCUGUGCCGAUUACACUUGUCGUUCCUGAUUGUGAUGAGAUAACAUCAUCUACAAGACCUCGGGUCACCUGCAAUGUUGGACCAGCACAGGCGCUUUCAUCUGAUUUCAAGUUGCGGGUCACCGUACCUGGUGACCGCAGUGCACAGCGCGGCGCUCCCACCCGCACUAUUGGCAAUUCUCAAGAAAGACCGCGACACCCACGAACACAAGGGAUUGCCACCGACUCAACUGCAGCUGACUCUAGUAUGGAUAUGAGAAGAGCAACUCCAGCAAUGAGCCGAAACCAGCGGGUUGAUGCUCGCGAUCGUCUAAAUCAACUGCAUGGAUCUGAAACUGCAAGGCGUGGUCCACGUCCUUUGUUGCCCACGAAGAGGACAGCACCUGUUCAGCAAGAAGAGCAAACAAAGCCUUUAGCCAAACGACACAGGCCUGAGGUGGAAGUUAAGGCGGACACGUUCAAAGUCCAGUCGCUGAAUGAAAUUCGUCAUGCAAAUGGUAUUACCAAGAAGCCUGUGUCAAUACCAUCUUCAUCUGCUCAGAGGCAGGCAUCAUCAUCUGCUCAGAGGCAGACAUCAUCAUCACAGCCUCUUCAGUCCAGUGGGCUGUCCGUCAAAGAGCUAAGAGCCAAACGCUUUGCCAAGCAACAGGAGCUCCAGCAGCAGCGUCGACAGGACACAGAACAAGAAGAGAGAAGAGAACCCAGAUCUAAGGUGCAUGCCAGCACCAAGCCACUGCCCCUGCCCCCUGUAGAAGCAAGCAAAAAGCCUGCUGCUGUUCCAGCGGCCACACCAGCGCCCACCUCUGCUGGUCUUCGCAUCAAGUCUUUAGAUGAAAUCCGUGCUGAGAAACGCAAGCAUCAGGAGACCACUAGUGACAACACUAUAUCUGCAGCAGAAACCUGUCAAAGAAAACCGGCAGAGACUCGGACUUCCACAAUUCAAAGAAGUAGCCGCUUGCCAAGAAAGCCUCGCAUUGAUGCAGCUAUAUCUUCAACCAGCAAGGAAUCACCAGCAGUGGUUUCCAGUUCAGUAAGCAAGAGUGUAUGUAGUCCCGUACUGAGUACUACACCUACCAAGAGUUCCACACCAGCAGCACCACCUGCUAAGAUAACAAGAUCCAGCCGUCAUUCCUCUGCCAAGAAGGAAACCCCAGUCACUACGAAGGUGUCCCAAAGUGAAGGAAGUGAAGCUACUACUACUACUACUAAGUCCGAUGCCAAGUCUGGAUUAGAUUCGCUCGAUGACAUCGACUUGCUUGAUGACGAUGCAUUUGAGAAAGCGAUGAAGGAACUUGUUGGUGACGUAAGCUACGACGACAUGAAUGAGCCAGACCUUGACGGAACAGUCAACGACGACGAUCUACUGCUGGAAGCGGAACUGAUGAUCUAGACUAAGAGAGAGGGUGUGUAUUUCCACAGUGUGCAGUGUGCUCACGUUGUGUCCCUAUUGAGAGUGACCCUGUGCUCCAGUUCUUGUCAGCCAUCUCCUACGCCUCUGACAUCUCGUUGGUCUUGUGUUUCCCAGGGAAUAAGACAAUGUCUUUUUUUACGUGUGCUACGCUGCGUUGUCUUGCCUUUGGCCAGAUUUGCCCGAUUAAAUUUGCUUUUCUUGCCCCUUCUCUCUAGACUAAGAGAGAGGGUGUGUAUUUCCACAGUGUGCAGUGUGCUCACGUUGUGUCCCUAUUGAGAGUGACCCUGUGCUCCAGUUCUUGUCAGCCAUCUCCUACGCCUCUGACAUCUCGUUGGUCUUGUGUUUCCCAGGGAAUAAGACAGUGUCUUGUUGGAACUCACUGGUGACGAGCCAUCUUUUUUCUUCCUUCCCCCCCCCCCCCCCAUAUUUGUGCCCGGUGCGUGCUGUUUGCAGUGUGGCAAUCCAGGGCACGCAAAUGCUGUAUUGUCAAACUACAUGGUGGUAUGCAAUGUUGCUCUCUAUGAUUUGUGCUACUCUGUAAUAAAUUUCAACCAAUUGGUCGCACGAGCGAUGUCAGUGCAGUUCUCAUUGGCGGGUGGCCAUGUUUGCAGCAGCUAUUUGCUCCCACCUGUUUCCUUACGUCAGAGUGCUUCGCUGUGCCAGGCUCCUUGUGGCUGUUUGGCCUGCAUGUGAAAGUUUAUACAUGUGCUUACAUAGUUCAACUUGAGGAAGUAGGAUGCUCUCCACUGCACUACUGCCAUUAGCAUGUAGUGCAUUUCAAUCAUUUGCUUACUUCCAGUUACUAAAUAGCUGCUAUAGCUGUAUAUACUACUGCUGUCUCAUACUUUCCUUUUUCUCUCUCUCUCUUUUUUACGUGUGCUACGCUGUGUUGUCUUGCCUUUGGCCAGAUUUGCCCGAUUAAAUUUGCUUUUCUUGCCCCUUCCUCCCCCCCCCCCCCCCCACACACACACACAGACUGUGCACCGUGCAUAUUUGCAUUACUUUUUCAUUUCGUGACCGUGCACUAGUCGACCAGUUGCUCUCAUCCCUGCAUCUUUUUGACUGCAAUACAUGGAUGUGCAAUGCACAUCAUCCUGA